AAAGGGUGAUCUUUUAAAAAAAAAGAGUCCUUCUAUUCUACUCCACGAGGAUAUGACGACCUGCUGAAGACCAAGUGAUUCAAGAAAUUAAGCGUGAUUGUUGCCUUGAUGAUUUCAGAGUAAACGUGAUUGUUGACAAGUAAAAGCAACUGACCGGUGCAGAAAUUAACAGGAAAAAAGUUCCUGCUAGACCGUCGGAGAAUUGCUGAUAGAUAAAGGCGGCGGGACUGGCCGGCAGAAGAACAGCAAGACGAAGCAGAUGUUCUAGCCAGCCAUGGCGAUCAUCCUGCUGCUCCUCCUCAGCGGCCUCACACCGUUUCUGCAGGCAGCCGCCGAUGUAUUCUGCGAUAACGUCAAGGUACUCGCAGACACGCUCCCCAAGAACACCUCCUCUUCGCCGGUUCACUUCGCCACGGCCGCCUUCGGUCAAGCCCCCGACGUCGUCUACGCGCUGUCGCUCUGCCGCGGCGACAUCCUCAACGACACCGCCUGCGCCAAGUGUGUCUCCAACUCGUUCCAGGUGGUGUCCAACGCCACGCCCCCGGAGGUGCAGUGCUACAAGGACGCCAACUACUACGGCGACUGCCUCCUCGUCUACUCCGGCGACGCCCAAAUCCUCGCGCCCUUCGAUCGUACUAACAACGGCGACGGCACGCCGCCGCCAUUCGUGAAGUGCAACGUCAGGAACGUGACCGGCGACGUCAGCCUCAUCACGGGCCUCAUCCGCGAGCUGCUGGUGGAGACCGUGGAGACGGCGGCGGCAGCGGCCAGCGGCAGCGGCGGCAGCACGAUGCCACGAUUCGCCACGGGCGUCAUGGACAGCGGCACAAACUUCCCAAUGGUGUACUCCAUGGCGCAGUGCACGCCGGACAUGUCCGCCGGCGACUGCUUGGCGUGCCUGCGCGGCCUCCUCGACAUGGUCAACUCCACCAUGGCGCUUCGAAUUGGAGGCCAGAUUCAUGUCAUACGGUGUUAUUUCAGGUACGAGGCGUCUCAGUUCUACGGCGGCCAGCCCAUGGUACGCAUCGGCCCGCCGGCGCCGGCGCCAGCUCUGUCUCCGGCCACCAAACACAAGAGGAAGCUGUGGGUAAUUCCCGUAGUUGUAGUUCCUCUAGCGGCAGCAGCGUUUCUGUGCUUCAUCUUUUACUCUCGUCGGCGCACAAAGCAAAGAAAAGGUAAAUUGAUGAGAUCACAAGGAUCAAGGCGUGCUCAGGAUUUGGAAGGAGAGGAACAACUAGUUUGGCAAGGGAAGAAUUCAGAAUUCUCGGCGUUUGACUUUGAACAGGUUAUGGAGGCCACAAAUAAUUUUUCAGAAGAAAACAAACUUGGACAAGGUGGCUUUGGCGCUGUCUACAAGGGCCAGUUCCCCGAUGGAUUGGACGUAGCAGUCAAGAGACUUGCUUCACAUUCAGGACAAGGUUUCAUAGAGUUCAAAAAUGAAGUCCAACUCAUAGCCAAACUCCAGCACAAAAAUUUGGUUAGGCUCCUGGGAUGUUGCUCUAAAGAAGAGGAGAAAAUAUUGGUUUAUGAAUACUUGCCAAACAAAAGCUUGGAUUUCUUCAUUUUUGAUGAAAAUAAAAGAGAUUUAUUGGAUUGGUCCAAACUUGUAGUCAUAAUCGAAGGAGUAGCACAUGGACUUCUCUACUUACAUAAGCACUCCCGGUUGCGUGUUAUACAUCGAGAUCUUAAACCAAGCAACAUUCUCUUGGACAGCGAAAUGAAUCCAAAAAUUUCUGAUUUUGGGUUAGCAAAAAUAUUCAUCACAAAUAACACCGAAGGAAACACUACAAGAAGAGUGGUUGGUACAUAUGGCUACAUGGCCCCUGAGUAUGCCUCGGAGGGCGUUUUCUCUGUUAAAUCUGACGUCUUCAGCUUUGGUGUUGUUAUGUUUGAGAUCCUUAGCAGAAAGCGGAAUUCUGGUAAACAACAAUGUGGAGAUUUCAUCAAUCUCCUUGGAUAUGCAUGGCGAUUAUGGGAAGAGGGAAGGUGGAUUGAUCUCGUUGAUGCAUCAUUGGAUCUCAAAAGUCAAUCAACGGAGAUAAUGAGGUACAUUAACAUAGCAUUGUUGUGUGUACAAGAGAAUGCAGUCGAUCGACCUACCAUGGCAGAUGUUGUUGCAAUGCUAAGCAGUGAGACUACAAUCAUGGUUGAGCCUAAGAAGCCAGCAUAUUUCAAUGUAAGGGUGGGAAAUGAAGAGGUGUCCGCUGCUUCUGAGUCAUGCAGUAUUAAUGAAAUGACGAUGUCAGUCACAAUUCCUAGAUAGAGUUUUGGUCGUCUCAUGUGAUUUGUAGUACUGUCCAACGUAGUAUUCACGAUAUUGUUGCGGCUGCUAUAUAAUGUGUAAGUUUAAGGACUGUUUGAAAUGUUAGAUUAUGUACUCUCAAGGCUACGAAAGAGGUUACCUAGCUGGAGUACAGAACUAGUUGUUAAUAUACGUUGAUUUUCUAUUA